UAUAGCAAAAAAGAAAAAAACAACAAAACCGCCAGUUAAGCUAGAGCAACAAUAACAAAAACAGCAACCAGCGUAGACAAAGCAGACGUACAAAAAUAAAAGCAAAGCAGCAAAGUAAACGACGUGUAUCGUUACGAAAACCGGACCUGAAGCGACUGACAUUCCAUUGGCGACAGAGGCAGGCAAUGUAUUUUUUUUAAUAUCGAAAAAAAUAUAUAAAAAGUAUAUAAAAAAUAUCAAAAAAUAACAGAAAAAAAUAUUUAAAAAAAUUAAAAUAAAUAUUAAAAACCAAAACUAAGAAUUAUGCAAAGUCGCGAAAUAGGAAUUUUCAAAUAUAAAACAACAGCAAAACCUCUAGCAGAUUAUUAAACAAAUUAUAUACAACAAAAAAUACAUAGUGACCACAACAACAUUAGCAUACUAGUUUCAAGCUUAAGCUGGAAAAUAUUUUUUUCCCACCAAAGUAUAAAAACAAACAGAAAGUGCAUAAAUUAGAUUUGCAAAUUUAAAAAAAUAACAACAACAAAAUUAUCCAGUGGUCAAAAAGCAACAAACAACAAGUGGAUAUGAGACACAUGGAUAUGCACGAACACAGCCGCUGUUGCCCAUAAACGUUUUAGCCUUCAACAACAACCCACACACACAAAAUCUACAACAAAAAAGGAACGAAAACAACAACAACACGCUUAAUUGAUAUUACUCAAUAACUUAUGGACAAUCAAUUAACGGUAAUUUAAUAAAACCAUAAGCGGCGGUUAAUUGCAAUAUCAGAAGAAGAAGAAGCAAAAGAGGAAGCAGAAACACAAACAAACAUACUCACAUAUAAAUUUUGCAGUAAAAGUAAAGAAAUUUACAACAAUUUGUGAUACGAAGGUGUGAGCGCAGCAGCUUUAUCAGCAAUAUUAAUAAAAGAGAUUUCACACACUCAAGCAACAACAACAGUAAUAAGAACGACGCUUGCAAACAGCGUUGAGGAAAUUUCAAAUAAUAACGGUCAAGCGUGUGUUUGCAACCCUCGAGCAGCGCACUCGCAUAGCUUUUGAACAAGUGAGCGCGUCAAGGCGGAAAGGACAACAGUCGGCAGGGCGGCAAGAAACCAGGAAGGAAGGAAGGAAGUACAACAGCCAGUAAACACAGUCGACAGUCGAAAAGCAGUCGCAGCAGACAGCGCACAAUUUAAUUUCACUAUGGGAAAUUCAUCGUCACACACACACGAACCACUGGAGCGCGGCUUCACACGCGGAAAAUUUGGUGAUGUCAAAAAUGGGAAAUCCGCAUCAUUUCGCUUUAGCAAGAAAUCACCAAAGAAAAUGGAUCGUUUGCGUCGAUCCUUUCGCGAUUCGUUUCGUCGUCGGAAGGAUCGUGUGCCCGAAUCAUCGAAACCGCAUCAAUGGCAGGCUGACGAGGAGGCUGUACGUUCGGCGACCUGUUCGUUUGCGGUUAAAUAUUUGGGUUGCGUUGAGGUAUUCGAAUCGCGCGGUAUGCAAGUUUGCGAGGAGGCCCUAAAAGUAUUGAGGAAUUCGCGCCGCCGGCCCAUACGUGGUGUGCUGCACGUUAGCGGCGAUGGACUGCGCGUCGUGGACGAUGAGACGAAGGGCCUCAUUGUCGAUCAGACUAUCGAGAAAGUGAGCUUCUGUGCGCCAGAUCGUAACCACGAGCGCGGCUUCAGUUACAUUUGUCGCGAUGGCACAACACGUCGUUGGAUGUGUCACGGAUUUCUCGCCUGCAAAGAACUCGGCGAGCGGCUCUCACAUGCCGUCGGUUGCGCAUUUGCCGUCUGUUUGGAACGUAAGCAGCGACGCGAUAAGGAAUGUGGCGUCACAAUGACAUUCGACGUGAAGAAUUCGACAUUUACGCGUACGGGUUCGUUCCGUCAGCAAACGUUGACCGAACGUUUGGCACAAGGUGAGAUGCCAUCCGCUGCUGUGCCACCACAGCCCAAACCAUACAAUCCGUUCGCCAUCGAACGGCCACAUGCCACACCGUCGAUGUUGGAGCGUCAGGGCUCGUUUCGUGCAUUCAGCACCAUUGGCAGUCAAUCGCCGUUCAAACGGCAAAUGUCAUUACGUAUCAACGAUCUUCCGUCCAAUACCGAACGGCAGAAGGCAUUUUUGGCAGCUGCCAGUGGCGGUUCACUAGCCGCAGCAUUAGCUACACCCAAUCGUAGUGUUUCACCAAUACCAGAGAUCUCACCAGCUAAAAUGGGCAUUGCAGAUAUGGAUAAUGGUUGUGCCACCAUCGACACCGUUAGCCAGUUGUGUCAGGAGCUCAGUCAGGGCCUCUCGUUGCUCAGUCAAACCGAUGCAAUGAUUGCGGCUGGCGAUGAUCUCAAUUUCAAUAAUAAUUUGAGCAUUAAUCAGAAUAUCAUUGCGGCCGAGAAGACGCAACAACAACAGAAGGGAAUCUCUACACCAACAUCAUUGCCGUUAGCUAGUAGUAGCAGUCAUAGCAUUACCGCUGCUGCUGCUGUCAGCAGAGUUUACGAAUAUGCUGAGGGUGCAGUGAGCAAUAAUUCGAUUGCUGGUGGUGCGGUCACCACCAUCACCACCACACCAACGGCACAAAUAGCGCCACGCAUAUCGUCGGUAUCACCAGUAUCUAUCAAUUCGCCAGUACGUACACCAACAACACCAACGUUAACAAUGACACCACCGCCACCAUUGCCAGCUGGUCGGCCCGUAGAGAUGGUAGCACCACUGCCCAAUGCAGAUCAAUGGCUAGGCGAGGUGGUGAAGAAGACCUCGCCGGCAGUUAUUAAACGUGCAACACGUAUGCUCAACUCAACCGGUCGUACGCAAUCGAUGAGCGCUGCAUCACCAUUAGGUGUGGAUCCCUUCGAUGCCGAAUGGGUGGCCGGCGUGACCAAGCCAUUGUCACCCGAUCUACCUGUGGCAGCGACAACGCCAGUGGCGUCUGCAGCUACGCCCGUCGCUAGCAGUACAGCUGCACCAAUACACCACAGUACCAAUCCAUUUAUAUCACCGCCGAAGGUACCGGCGCAAACAUUCCAGGUGCAACUGUAGAUGCAGUAGACGAGGUGUACAAGCCUCGUGCUAGUAGUUGAUGAUAUCAGUGAGGUUGCACAUGUGUUCGAUCUGUGUAAUUCAUGGGGUCGAUUAGCAACUCAAAUAGUGUUAGGUGUGCAGUGAGUUUGCAAAAACGGAAUUAGUCGCUAGAGAAAUGUUGUUGUUAAAGGAAAAUUAGUACGAGCCAAGUAAAGAAUGUAAAGAGAUUUCAGUAAUGGAAUUGCAUGCACUGCCAAUAAUUGUUUGAUGCAAAAGUAGCCAUUACCUUUUUUGAAUUUCAGAUUUAGUGCUGAACUACUUUAAAAGUAACUAGUUGUUUUUGGUCCAGUUGCGAAAUUUUGAAAGAAUACUAAAAUUUAAUUUGUAAAUAAAUUAUAUGAUGAAUAUAUUACAAAACUACAAAAAUGACACUAGUUACUUUUGAACCAGUUUUAACAUUUUUUA